UACAAGUACAAUGCAGGGGGAGAUAUCAAGCAUUCUUAAACAGGAAUAUGUCGAUGUCAGCAUGGUCACCUUCUAGUUCCUGCUGGAGCUCAAUCCAGACAAGCUGCACAGACCAGGAGCAUCACGGACACGGAGAUCCGCAAGACACACAAAGGUGUUUGUAGGCGCUGUAGGAGUCCAUCGGCUAUGGCGGCAGCGGGUGAGGUCACCCCGUCUCUCUGCACGAUAUAACUAGGGCACAAAUGGGGGAUGUCAUAUUCCCUGUCACCUCCGCCGAUAUGGAAUCCCUCGAAUCCGUCACCGCUGAACCGGCAAACCAACCACUCAAUGCACCCCCGUCAACAGCUCAAUGGGGAUGGGGCGAGAGGCUGCGGACACUCCGCCUCACCGCGCGGAGCCACACGGGGCGACGACACCAACGAGGAGGAGCGCCGGCGCCCUCGGGCGGCAUCGCCAUCGGGCUAGAGCAGGCCCUCGCCGACCGUCACCGGAUGGAGAUGCAGAUUGUUGCCAACAAGGAGAGCUUCCGUUCCGCCUCCAGCCGCUUACCACGCGUUGACUCCGAUUCCAGCGAAAAGGGGGUGCGCCUCAUCCAGAAAGCCCUCCGCGAGUCGAGGGUCCCUUUCCAGGCAGAUGCCGCGCGCCAAGGCGAAGCCGCGUCCGAGUCUGAAGAUUCAGGUGAGAAGCUAGGACCUUUUGGUAUGUUUAGUGCUAGGUUAAUGUUUAAGUUCAAGAUGUACUAGUUGAAGAUGAUGUACUUCGUUUUUUCGAAUUUUAGCGUGAAGUGUUUUUUUGGGCUUUGUUGUAUCUAAGUUGUCUGAUUUUUAGUUAGAGAUAAGUUGAUUUUUCACUCA